UGAUUGCGAACGCCAUCGUCGACAUCACCAACGGACAUCCUCCCGCGCUCAAGGAUUUUGGCCUAUGACCAGUUUUACUAGAUCCAUUCUAAUCGGGUGGAACGUCGCUGUGAGCGGCCGGCAUAAUGUCUCAUAAUCGACGACUUCUCACUGCGGGAUGCGCCUAUUAAUACCUCGGGUACCUUCUCCUCAUCUAAGACUCGUCACAUACUGAGUUCCAGGCUCUCUGUACAAUCAGACGAACAUCAUGUCGUCUUCUGAGAGAGCCUCCGAUGAAGAGACAAAGGUCGGCAACGAGUUGCCGAAGAUGCGUGAGCAGACCAUUGGUGCUGACUUUGUGCAUCCGGACGCACAUUUGACUGUGGAAGAACAGAAGGAGAUUGAUCGCAAGCUUCUCUGGAGACUCGACAUCAAACUUAUUCCUUGGCUCUGUCUCCUCUACCUCAUCUCUUUCCUCGAUAGAACGAAUAUUGGCAAUGCUAAAGUCGCUGGUCUCACGCGAGAUCUCAACAUGACGGGUGGCCAAUACAACGCUGCUCUGAGUGUUUUCUUCGUAUCCUACUCCCUUGCGGAGCCUCUCACGAAUGUACUACUCAAGAAGCUUCGACCAAGCAUAUUUCUCCCGAUCAUCAUGGUCCUUUGGGGCAUAUGUAUGACGCUCAUGGGCAUAGUACACAACUUUGAAGGCCUAGCCGCUGUCCGCUUCUUCCUUGGUCUCGCCGAGGCCGGCCUCUUCCCCGGCGUCAAUUACUACCUUAGUUGCUGGUACAAACGCUCCGAAUUUGGCAUCCGCGCCGCCAUUUUCUUCUCCGCUGCCGCCCUGGCCGGUUCUUUCGGAGGCCUUCUCGCGGCCGCCAUUGCGCAAAUGGACGGUAUCGCCGGUCUGCACGGUUGGGCCUGGAUCUUCAUCCUUGAGGGCAUCUUCACCGUCCUCGUCGGUAUUGCCUCGUACUGGAUGGUGCACGACUUCCCGGACCAAGCCACCUUCCUGUCCGUCGACGACCGCAAGCGCGUGCUCGCCCGCCUCAAGGCAGACAACCAGGCAUCCGCCGAGCACGAGGAGUUCAAAAUGACGUAUUUCUGGCAGAGCGUCACUGACUGGAAGACGUGGGCUUAUGCGGUCAUAUACAUGGGCUGCGACGGCGCGCUGUAUGCCUUCAGUCUGUUCUUGCCCACCAUCAUCCAGGAGCUGGGCAUUGCCGGCUCCGACUCGCCCACCAUCUCGAAUCUGCUGAGCGUGCCUCCGUACGCGGCGGCUGCUAUGUUGACCGUGCUUGUUGGGUAUAUUGCCGACAAGACGCGGUAUCGCGGAUACUGCAAUAUGGCCGUGUCGCUCCUCGGCAUCGCAGGCUUUAGUAUGUUGCUAGGCUCCCAAAAGCCAGCCGUUAAAUACGCAGGCACGUUCCUGGGCGCAUGCGGCAUCUACCCUGCUGUGCCGAACAGUAUAUCGUGGGCGGCAAACAACGUCGAGGGCGUGUACAAGCGCGGUGUGACGCUUGGGUUUAUGAUUGGAUGGGGCAAUCUGAACGGAGUGGUGAGCAGUAAUAUAUAUCAAACGAAGGACGCGCCGCAGUAUUAUGUUGGGCAUGGGGUUGUGUUGGCUUAUUUGACUCUGUUUUAUGGUCUAGGGAGUGUAGUAACACAUUUAUUGUUACGACAGGAGAAUGGCAAGAGAAGGAGAGGGGAAAGGGACGGAUGGGCGGAGGGAAAGAACGAGGCAGAGAUGGAAUUGUUGGGGGAUAAGAGACCGGAUUUCAUGUAUACACUCUGAAGAUUAACGAAUAACCCACAUCUUGUGUAGCAAUGUUUACUUGUGCGUAUGCAUUGUUACAUCAUC